AUGGCCAUCGUUGACAUCGCCGUUGAUCAGAACAUCAGUAUCGGAUGCAUCGAGCGCAACGUAUCCCAGCAGGGAAUGGUGCCUCAGAGUAUCAAAUCGACUACUGUAGAGGCUGUCCUCGGCGCCGCCUUUAAGGAUGGCGGCAUGGAGGCCGCACACCAGGUGAUGCAACACCUUAGGCUUAUCUAA